AGUUAGUGGCUGUAAAGAUGUUGCAGAAUGUACAGCUGUUGUUUUAAUAUAUACUACCUCACAGGAAGAGUGUCUCUGGUUCGAUCUUCGGCUGGGGUGCCUUUUGUGCGGAGUCUGCAUGUUCUCUGCGGUCGCUUGGAUUUACUCCGGUUUUAGAUGGAUUGUACACUCCAAAUUUGGUUUCAUCUCCAGCUGGGGUGCCUUCUGUGCGGAGUCUGCAUGUUCUCUGUGGUCGCUUGGGGUUUCUUCCCAGUGCUCCGGUUUUAGAUGGAUUGCACACUGAAGGAAGGAGAGAGUCCGUUUAGCCAUCAGACCUUGUAUCUAACCUGGCAACAGAGUAUCUGUCUUCAGAUGUCAUUUUCUGUAUAGGCAUUAGAUAAAAGUGACCUCUUUGGAUCUACUGAACAGCAAAAAAAAAAAAUCUACUGUUGUCAGCCAUUACUCCUUUCUGGAUAAUUAAAGAACUGGGACUGCUUUACUCAUUCAUCUGUGACUGUUUUUAAAAUCCUGCUCUGGAGUGGUGCAUCAUACUGCUCUGGUUUAGCACAUGUUCAGCUCCUGUGAUAUUUGAAUGACAGUUGGAGUUUGCUGUGUGGUAGCUGUUUCCAUUUCUUUUUCUGUCAAGUCACAGUCUCUUAUCUCGAAAUGGGUAGAACAUCCAGCAACUACAGUCGGAAUUGCCUCACUUAUACGAUAUUGUUCAUCGCUUUAGUAUUAUUCCUUACCUCACAAAGUAGUGCUGAAAAAGCAAUGCUGGGUAAAAAUGCUACUUUACACUGCUCUACUGACAAGAAUGGAAACGUCUUACAAGUCACAUGGCAAAAGAAGAGAGGAAACAAUGCUGACAAUAUUGGAAGUUACAGUCCAAGAUUUCUUGUUGUAAUCCAAGAAUAUUUUAGGGAUCGCUUUACAAUCAGUAAAAGCUUGACAGAAUCAUCCCUUUACAUACAAAGUACAGAAAUAAAAGAUGGAGGAUGUUACAUCUGUAUAUUUAAUGUUUUUCCAAGUGGAGCUGAGAGCCAUGACAUAUGCCUAGAUGUUUAUGAACUACCGAAUCCCAUACUCCAACAAACUACAAAUUCUAAUGAUUUCCUGGUGUAUACCUGCACUGCCAGUGCAUAUCCUCCUGCAAAUAUCAGCUGGACUGGAGCUGAGAAGGACUCGAGCAAUAGGACAGAUAACCCUAACGGCACUGUAUUGGUGACCAGCCGGGCACACUUCAAAAAGUCCGUAUUAACUGAAAAGGAUAAUGCAAGCUGUAUUGUUACACACCCAGAAUUAUCAUUUCCAAUUAUCCGACCUGUCCAUGAUACCGAAAGCCAGUCAAGAUCAUCCUGGGUUAUUUACCUAACCAUUGGCAUUAUCUCCAUCAUUGUUGUCAGCAUCAUUAUAGCAGCUGUUGUAUGUAAGCAGAUGGGAAAAAAAUGGUGUAACCGCAGUAGCCACAGAAAUCAAAAAGGAUUGGAAAAUGGUGAUAUACUCCUGCAGAAAAAUACACCAGAAAAUAAGAUGGUAAUGCUUCAAUGACUUGUUAGAGAAGGAUGGCCUGUUGCAUGGGCAAAGUAGCUGAUGAACAAUAAAUGCUUAUUUGCACAGUUUAGAAAGAGUAAGCACCAAGGUCCAAACAACAUUUCUCACUUUAACAUUUCUGCCUUCCAAAAUCAGAAGUCGCCAGCAGUUUCACUCCAGCAGCAAAAUGGCAGUACUUUGGAUUUCUGGAUUUACCAUGUAUCACAACAAAGAAUGAGCAAAAGUGAAGAGGUCUGGAUGCAAUGUGAACUGGCAUCUUUCAUUAAAGAAGACUUCAAACUUAUAAGUCUACAUUUCAAGUAUGGAUAUUCCUGUCUGUUAAGACAGCAUACAUAUUUUUUUAUUUGCUGCUUAAUUCUGGAUCAGUCACGAAACAUAAAAGUUCGUUAUCUGUGUAUAACAACAACAAACCCUUCAAUGAGUGGAUGUCAUUUUGUUGUUAACCACCUCGAAAAGGGGGCUGACUUGGGGAAAGGAUUAGAAUCAUUAUCAUAAUUUAAUGAAACUCCAUUGAUCAUCUUAACAUAAAAUGACAGGGCAGAAACUGGACUUAUUCUGUGUUAGGACACGGAUUUAUUCUGUAUUAAGAUGGGGACUAAUUUUGUAUUGGAGCAGAAGCUGUUAGCAGUGACUUAUGAUGUUGGAUUACUGCAUAAGAGACCUACGGAAGAGUCACAAUGCAACCCUAGACUAAAGUAAAUGGCAUUAGAACUCAUCAGCCUGAAAACCAUAAGCAGUUUUAUUUCUGACUCAUAACAUUUUUCUUCUUCUCUUUUUUCCAAUAGGGGUUGCCAGAGCAGAACAAUGGCCCACAGGACAUUUGGCAGUGGAGUUUUUACAGUGUUGAGUUGCCAGCCAGCCACCCAACCUUCCACAGAAGGCACAUACACUCACAACUAGGGCCAAUUUACAGUGUCCA